AUGAGUAACAAUGAUGAAGAACAAUGGAAUGAUGACCAUGAUGAUGAAGAUACUGACGAUGAAGGCAACACAUCGCAAACCCAACAAAAUAAUAAUAUGCUCUUAGCUACGGCGGCUACAGUUGCAGCGACAUAUGCAACAAAUUAUUUGAUAAAAGAACCAUGUAGGACAUCUUGUUUAACAGGAGGAUGGGAAAGAAGUGCACACGAUACUCGGAUCUUCUUAGAUGCAAUUAGGAAUCUUAGUUUUAAUUUUCCAAAACCACAAGGAGAUGAGUUUUACUUGUUGGAUGCUGGUUAUCCAAACAUGAAAGGAUAUCUUGCACCUUACAAAGGAGAGAGAUACCAUCUAGCUCAAUUUGAACAUGGUCAACCCCCUCAAAAUGCACAAGAAAAAUUCAACCAAGCACAUUCCUCACUUAGAAGUGUAAUAGAAAGAACGUUCGGGGUUUGGAAAGCAAGAUGGCCGAUGAUAAAGGAUAUCCCACCAAACUACAAGUGGCCGACCCAAGUCAAACUUGUUUGUGCAACAAUGGCAAUUCAUAAUUUCAUCCGACGAAGUAAGUUCCGCGAUAUUGCAUUUGACUCUUAUGAUAGAUACACGGAUUAUAUGCCUAAUGAAGAGGAAGGAUCUUCGUCUCAACAAGCACGCCAUGGAAAUGAUGUUGCAUGUGAUGACAACGAAAUGGAAGUGAGGAGACAUAAUAUUUGUAUGUCAAUUUGCAGACGAAAUUAG